AUGGCAUGGGCAAUGGUCGUUCCAUCUUCAAGGGGGAUAGGAUUCGCAUUGACGCGUCAUUUACUACGAACGUUACCUUCCAGCGUGCCAAUCGUCGCAACGGCGCGCUCGGAUCUGCAAAGGACAAAAAGCAAGCUCCUGUCGAACCUUGAGCUUGCGGAUUCUCAGAUCUCACGCCUCGAUGUGUGUGAAUGCGAUGUCCUCAAGGAAUCAUCCAUCUCCGAUUUGGCUGGAUACUGCAAAGAGCGAUAUAAUGAUAACUCGAAGGAGGCAGGGGCUCACUUGAGGCUCGCGUUCUUGCUUCCGGGAAUGCUGCAUCCUGAAAGAGCGCCGGAUAAGAUUGAGUAUGAUCUAGCGCUGCAGACGCUCAAACUCAACCUUCUGGCGCCGAUAAUGUUGGUCAAGCAUUUCGCUCAAUUUAUGCCGCGCAAGGCAACGAAGAUGGCAGCGUUGCACGGCCUCCCAGACAGCUCCGUCCUGGCAUUGAUGAGUGCUAGAGUGGGCUCGAUUGGAGACAAUCGGCUGGGUGGAUGGUACAGUUACCGCUCAUCGAAGGCGGGCGUCAACCAGUUUGUCAGAUCCACGGAUAUAUACUUGAAAAUGCAGAAUGGCAGAAACGCCAUGUGCGUCGGACUUCAUCCUGGAACGGUCAAGACAGACUUGAGUGUACAAUUUUGGGAGAAUACGCCCAAGGAGAAGUUGUUCAGUACAGAAUUCAGUGCAGAGAGACUGGUUGAUGUUGUCAGGUGGUUAGACGAGAGGGGAAGAGGGAAGUGCUGGGACUGGGAUAGGAAGGAGAUACCCCCCUAG